AUGGACGGCGUUAGAAGCUCGGCUGGUGAUAACCAUGACUGGAAGAGCAACAAGCAGCAACUGUUGAAGCUCGUCAAGACAUUAGGGACGCCCGGAAACCUGCAAAGAAGGAAGUGUGGUCCGGAGGCUGGUGUGACUCAGAAGCAGCGUCGGGCAGCAACAAGCGUCGAGAAGGAGCGCAACAGUGGCAGCGCCGACACUCGCAACUUCGUGAGCCAUCUCCACUCUGCUCUUGAGCGGAACAAGAUAAGGGCCUUUGUUGACCUCAGUUUGGAAAGAGGACUAGAGAUUGCACCUGCAAUCAACGAAGUGAUCGAGCGGUCGAGGAGCGCCAUCGUCAUCAUCUCUCAGACCUACGCCUCCUCGCCAUGGUGCCUGGAUGAGCUGGAUAAGAUCCUUGAGUGCAAGGAAAAGAAAGGCCAGCUGGUGUUCCUCAUUUUCGUGGACGUCGACCCCAGAGAGAUGCGCGAGCAGUCCGGACCAUUCAGGCAGAUUGGCCAAAGCGAGAAGGGUUUCAGGAAGGAGAAUGCUAACAAGGUCCGGAGGUGGAGAGACGCUCUCCACAAAGCUGGCAAUCUCACUGGGUGGCCUCUGGGAAACAGACUUGAAGCUGAAUUCAUCCAAUCCAUUGUGGAGAAAAUCUCAAGAAGACUGAGCAGCUUACGCAUGAACCUGCUUGCUUUCCAUUCAGUUGGGUUAGAUUCUCAGCUACAAGCCUUGUACUCAUUACUCCAAUUACAGGUUGAUGGUGUCCAAGUUGUGGGAAUUUCCGGCACUAGCGGAAUAGGAAGGACUACACUUGCGAGAGUUUUGUACUACCGAAUUGCAGAUCAAUUUGAUCGGAGUUGCUUUCUAGCGAAUUUGAAGGAUAUAUCGGGUCAAUAUGGCCUCGUCAAAAUGCAGGAGACCCUUUUUGAUGACAUUCUCGGUGAUGGAGUUUCAGACUUUGGGAACGAUAUUCAUGCAGUAAUAAACUUCAUGAGGAGUAAGCUUCACAAGAAGAGGGUUUUGUUGGUCUUUGAUGAUGUUGAAGGAUUGUCGGAGCCUCUAAGCCACUUGAUCAAGGCAAUGAACUUAGGCUCGGGAAGUAAAGUCAUUUUGAUCCCCCGACAUGAAGAGACCAUAAUUGGUGUAUGCGGGGAUAUCUAUAAGUUGGAAUGCAUUCCAAGAAAGGUAUCCCAAAAGUGA